AUCGACACACAAUUAUUAUACAACCGAGCUAGACUGCACGGUACUCUGUACAGUCGUCGAUAAUAACAUUACAAUAAAUCAUUACAAUAGGCCGUAGUCGUCCGUAGUCGCUUGCUAGCCCGUUUCGGUUUUCUUGUUUUUGUAGUUUUUCUUCUUCAAGUCUAGCCGUCAUCGUCUCCAUCCGUAAAACAACGUCUUGGUCGCGCACGUUAGCAACGCCCGUACACCGAACGCCUACCCGCAAUCCGUCCGACGUCCAAACGCGCGCGAAUACCGUACCAGGCAACCUGGUUUCUCAGCAAACAUGACUGGCGGCGGCGACGUUGUGGAGACCGCUCGAUUCGUCGAGCCGUCUGCCUAAUCGGCUAAAUCCCGGUAGACAGCUGCGGCACAACCUACGCACAACGGCCGGCGUCCGUAGAAAAUGAAACACCGGCAUAGGGUACCGGCUCGGUCGGGUUCGCACCCGUUACUGUUAUCGCUGCUGGUUUCGAUCGCGAUAUGUUCGGCACGGUGCCACUCAUCGUCGAGACAACAACACGAUACGCAGUCAAUGUCAUCGGCCGGCGGCAGCAGCAGCAGCAUAGUGGUCGACGACACCGGCAAUCCCAGUUCUGGGCACGGCAGGUGUGAGCCAAUCACCAUACCGUUUUGCAUGGGUAUCGCGUACAACCAGACGGUCAUGCCCAAUUUACUGGGUCAACAGCGCCAGGACGAAGCCGGUUUCGAGGUGCAACAAUAUUAUCCACUAGUCAAAAUCCGUUGUUCGCACGACCUGCAGUUUUUCCUCUGUAGCGUUUUCGCUCCGGUGUGUACCAUCAUUGAGCGUCCAAUACCGCCGUGCCGGUCGCUGUGCGUGUCGGCACGCAACGGAUGUGAAGCCAUCAUGAACGGAUUUCAAAUCGAAUGGCCCGACAACUUGGAAUGUAGCAAAUUUCCCGAAAGCCCUGAUCAGUUGUGUGUCGGUGAAAAUAACUACACAGAGUCCGCCACGGCCCAAGGGACAGUGAACAAUAACGGAGGCCAGUCGGGUAUCCACUCCAUACUAGUAGACGGCGGUGGAAAAGAUUCGAUUGCCAACACUGGGUCCAAUUCAGCAACCAGACAUUACAGCGGAGUGGGAGGAUCUCAAAAUUCGAUUUCCGGACCAUUUUACGACCAUUUUGGAUUCGUUUGCCCUCAGCAAUUUCGAAUGGAACCGACCAGUCAAGGGUUUAGUUUUACCGGCACUAAGAAGAAGGGGGGAUCUACAUCGUCUAUUCCGUCGGAAAGAACAUUGAGUUCCUUGUACUCUGGCUACUCCAUACGAAUUGGCAACAGGCAAGUAAAGGAUUGUAGUGCGCCGUGCGACGCGUUUUGGUCACGCGAACAGACCCAAACGUCGAGAAAUUGGGUGGCCGGCUUGUCCGUAUUGUGCUGCGUUUCAUGUCUCUUUACGUCGCUCACGUUCGCCAUAGACACUCGUCGCUUCCGUUAUCCCGAGCGGCCCAUAAUCUUUUUGUCUCUGUGUUACCUCAUGGUGUCCAUAUCGUAUUUGGUAGGAUGGAUGGCCGGCGAUUCUAUAGCAUGCAACAAACGCAACCUGAUUGUCCAAGGAACAAACAGCCCUCCGGCAACGGCCGACAUUGACGGCAGUUCCAACGGAUCGUCCGAACUUUGUGUGGUACUUUUUAUGGUGUCUUAUUUUUUCGGAACGGCUUCAAGUGUAUGGUGGGUCGUGUUGACGUUGACAUGGUAUUUGGCGGCCGGUCUCAAAUGGGGACACGAAGCUAUCGAGGCAAAUUCUCAUUACUUUCAUUUAGCCGCGUGGACAGUUCCCGCAGCCAAGACUAUCACAGUGUUGGCCAUGGGAAAAAUCGAGGGCGAUGUGCUGACCGGGAUUUGCUCGAUGGCUGUAUGGAGCGAUGACACUGCGGUGAGAGACAUGAUUUUGAUACCGUUAGUCGUCUACUUGGUGCUGGGCACGGCGUUUUGGAUGGCCGGGUUCGUUGCGCUGUGUCGCAUAAGGACCGUGAUGAAACACGACGGCACGCGAGGCACUGAAAAGCUAGAAAAACUCAUGAUACGCAUCGGAGUGUUCAGCGUGCUCUAUACGGUGCCGGCUCUCGCUCAGAUAUUGUGUUUGGCCUACGAGCACGUCAACCGCGAGGCGUGGCUGCACACGUGGCACUCGCAGGUGUGCCGCGAUCCCAAAUUUGCCAUUCCUUGUCCUAGUCAACAGAACGACGCCGCGCUCAACGGGACAAACAGGCCCAAUUUCGAUAUAUUUGUCGCCAAGUACAUGGUCUCGCUGGUGGUGGGACUGACGUCCAGCGUGUGGAUUUGGUCGGGCAAGACGGUGAACAGUUGGCGUAAUUUUUUGGCCAGGUUGCGCAACAAAAGAAACGGACCGAACAACAACGGCAUAGUGGGUGUGAGGGGCAAAUCCGAAGCAUAUGUGUAAAUAAAAAUGAUCCGAUCUAACUCUACGUCAAUACCUAGAAUAAUAUUAUAAGUAUAAUCCUUUUUUUUUAUGUAAUAUCGUAAAACGUUUGGUACUAAAUGUAAUUUUUUAUUUUUUUUUUGUCACUUAUUCGAUUUUUAACGAAUAAUAAUAUACAACGAAAGGACUGCGCCGAUCAAUUCGACAUUAUUAUAUUUUUUAUAUUAUAAUUGCUACAAUUAAUAAAAUUUCACCGCAUUCGCAUAUCACUAAGUAUGACUUAAUACGCUUUUUGUUUUGUAAUAUAUUAGUUUUUUAUGUAUUUGUGUAAAGCAUUUUUUUUUAUAUUAAAAUGUAAUAUUAAUUGAAUUGAAUUGAAUUUUUUUUACAAUAUAAUUCAGUGGGAAUUUUUCCGCCCACUAUUUUAUUUACUGAAAUAUAACAACCGUCCCAUAUUUUGUUAAUGUUUUAAUUUUAAUUUUAUUUUACAUUAAUACGUUCGAAGUAUUAUUAUUAAUGUUGCGAGCCAUUUAUGACGUUUUUUAUUGACCGUAAUUAUUUUAUCAAGUACAAGACUUAUUAACUUAUAGAAAUAUAUUAUUUUAUUCGUAUUACGUUUUAUACUGUUUUAUAUAAUAUAUUAUUAUUAUCUUUUUUAAAAAAAACCA